CACCAAGUGCUGGAGAUACAUUCUUAGGACACAGGUAGCUUUCCGACUCUCCCUGUUACGUGCGCUCUCUCUCACUUACUCACUCAUACUCACUCUGCGUGCUCCGGCGACGUUUCCGUACAAUCUAUCCGUUUCCGUACAAUCUCGCCGUUUCAUUCUCUCAGUCUAUUUCUCGCCAUAACAUUCGCAUUCAAAGAAUGGCCUUGCAGACAGCAAGUCCUCCAACGGCCCCUAGUGCCCAAGUUGUCGGAAACGCUUUUGUUGAGCAGUAUUACCAUAUUCUUCACCACUCUCCAGAGCUGGUUUAUAGAUUUUAUCAGGAUUCAAGUGUGCUAAGCCGGCCCGACGCCAAUGGUGUGAUGACAUCGGUGACCACCAUGCAAGAUAUCAACGAGAAGAUUCUUUCAUUCGAUUACAAGGAGUAUAAGGCUGAGAUAGAAACAGCCGAUGCUCAGAAGUCUUACAAAGAUGGGGUGACUGUGCUAGUAACUGGAUCUUUGACGGGCAAGGAUAACUUGAAAAGGAAAUUUGCACAAUCAUUUUUCCUUGCCCCACAAGACAACGGAUACUUUGUCUUAAAUGAUGUCUUUAGGUACGUAGAAGAUGGAGAAAUAUUAGAGAAUCGUCCAGUGAAUGGAGUUGAUGAUGCCACAAAAGUCCCCAUAACCGUAGACCCUGAGCCAACUCAUGUUCCUGAUCCUCCUACACCAGAUCCUGUAACUGUUCAUCAAGAAUUGGAUAAAAAUAUUGUCGAGAAAGGCUAUGAUGCAUUAGAGAAUGAGAGACAAUUUGUUCACGAAGAAGCAUCAGUUGUGGAACCCCCAUCUCAUUCACAUGGGAAUGACGUGCCCGUGGAAGUUGAAUCAGUUUCUAUGAUGAUCCCAGAGGAUGCUCCAAAGAAGUCAUAUGCAUCAAUCGUAAAAGUAGCAAAAGGGAGUCCGGGACUGACUAAAGUUUAUGUGCCAACUAAUACAGCAAAAGUGCCUCCUAAGAAAACUGAGAAUCAGUCUCACGGGUCACCAGUGCCUGCUUCAGUGCCAGAAGCAUCAGCACCAAGUAGCACCAGCACUCCAGAGAGUAGCAAUGACAAUGAGGAAGUUGAGGGGCAUUCUAUUUACAUAAAGAAUCUGCCCUUUUCUGUAACGGCUGCUCAGCUCGAGGCAGAAUUCAAGAAAUUUGGACCAAUAAAGCCAGAUGGCGUGCAAGUCAGAAAUAAUAAGCAACAAGGAUACUGUUUUGGCUUUGUCGAAUUUCAGUCGUUGAGCUCCAUGGAUAGCGCACUUCAGGCUUCACCAAUCACUAUUGGCGGGCGUCAGGCUGUUGUUGAGAUUAAAAGAACUACCAACCGAGUUGGUAGUAAUGGAAGAGGAGGUAGGUUCUCCUCGGGGAGGGGAGGGUUCCGGAGUGACAGCUUUAGGGGUCAUGGGAGUUAUGCCGGUGGACGGAGCUUUGGCAGAAACGAGUAUAAUAACAGAGGUGAGUUCUCUGGUCGAGGUAGGAGUUUGGCAGGGCGCGGUGGUGAUGGUUAUCAGCAAGGGAGAGGAAGAAGUGGCCGUCCAAGCGGUCCAAAGCACAAUGUUGCUGGUUCUACAUGAGAUACUUUUCCUGUUGAUUAUUAUUUUUUUCUUCUCGUGGAAGUUUCCUUUAUUUUUUUGAGGAAUUUUCUUUCAUGGAUAUUUAAUCCUAACAGAUGGUCUCUCGACUUUGAAAAUUACGAGGCAUCUUCUUUUGCCGUAGCUCUAGGAGUUCUAUCCAUUUGAGAGUUUUGGCACCUUUUUCCUCAAAUGUAGCUUUGCCUAGAUAUUU